AUGGCGACAGCUAAUGGUUCACUGUGCAACAUCUCCGGGUCCGUGUCCGAGAAUGGAAGCUGGAUCGGCUGCAUGGAGUCGGAUAUUGAACAGGGCGCAGUCCCAGCAAUUCAGGCGUGGAUCGCUUACAUGCUGAUUCCUGUCAACAUUCUCAACAUACUUGCUAAUCUUCUCGUCAUCUUGGCUCCGGAUCAACCGUGCAUGUAUGACACCGUCACGAGUAGAACAUCUCUCAUCUGCAGCUCGCUAGUCAUUGGUACGUGCGGCGUCGCCAUCAUCUCCAUCUACGCUUACAUAAUGAUGAUUGCCAAGCACCACCAGCAGCAGAUCCACCCGGACCCGAGCAACAGCGUGCCUGUGGGAAAAUCCUUCUCUGCUGAGCUCGCCAAGCAUCUGAAGCUUGCCAAGAUGUUUGGCAUUGUCGUCGGCGCUUUCUUCGUUUGCUGGGCUCCGUAUUUUAUCCUGAUGCUGCUGAGCGUUGCCGACGUCUACCACGACACGGUCGGCGUGGCGCGAGGCUUCGGCUACCUGCUGGCGUACUGUAAUUCUAGCAUGAACUUCUUGAUAUAUAUUGCGAAGAGCAGUCAGUUCCGCGCCGCCUUCCGGGCGGUGUUGCCCUCGCGUGGACGCUAG